AAUGGCGGCUUCGUUCCCUGCGCCUUCGGUAAAUCACAAUAAAUGGUACUUCACACGCGAACAAAUCGAAAACAGCCCAUCUCGCCGAGCGGGACUUGAUCCCGACAAAGAGCUCUCGUACCGACAGCAAGCCGCGAACCUGCUGCAGGACAUGGGACAGCGACUCAACGUGUCGCAACUUACAAUAAACACUGCCAUUGUGUAUAUGCAUCGGUUCUACAUGAUCCAGUCUUUCACCCGUUUCCACCGUAAUGUGAUAGCCCCUGCAGCUCUGUUUCUAGCAGCGAAGGUGGAGGAACAGCCCCGCAAGCUGGAGCAUGUGAUUAAAGUUACCCAUGCAUGUCUGAAUCCUCAGGACCCAUCGCCGGACACUAAGAGUGAUACAUACCUGCAACAAGCCCAAGACCUGGUCAUUCUUGAGAGCAUUAUACUCCAGACCCUGGCAUUUGAGAUCACCAUUGACCAUCCACACACACAUGUUGUCAAGUGUACUCAACUUGUACGAGACCUUUCCUUUGUUGUUCCAGCGAGUAAGGAUUUGGCUCAGACCUCAUAUUUCAUGGCAACCAACAGUCUCCACUUGACAACAUUCUGCUUGCAGUAUAGCCCACCCAUUGUAGCUUGUGUUUGUAUUCAUCUGGCCUGUAAAUGGUCCAACUGGGAGAUUCCUGUUUCCACUGACAGCAAGCACUGGUGGGAGUAUGUUGAUUCCACAGUGACCCUUGAGCUGUUGGAUGAGCUCACUCAUGAGUUCCUGCAGAUCUUGGAGAAGACACCCAGCCGCUUAAAACGCAUCAGAAACUGGAAAGCUGCAGGUCAAACGGGCAAGAAAUCAAAGGUUCAAGACUAUGAUCAGUCAGAUGCCAUUAUGAGCAUGAUCUCUAUGGCAGCAUCUGACAGCACAUUGGCUGGGCUGAUGAGCCUUUCCGACACUCCAUGCGGUUCCUUGAUAUCUUCGUCAGCAGACGACCACAACGCUACAGCUUCGUCCCAACACUGGCAGCCUGCUGUCAAGGAGCAGCAGACCACUAAUGAGCUCCAAGCACCUGCUAAGGUGGUGUCUCUGAGCGAGUAUCGGGCGAAGCAUGCUGACGAGCUGGCAGCACAGAAGAGGAAGCUGGAGAACAUGGAGGCCAGCGUGAAACAAGGUUAUGCCACUGCCACCCAGGCCCUCAUAAAGCAGCAGAAGAAGGAGAAACAUCAUCAUCACCAGCAACAGUCCAGCUCUGGGACAUCAGAUCUGGGAAAACCCUCACCCAUUGUCCUGAAGAUCCCAUUGGAUGAGCAGUCGGUGCGGAACCCUUUGAAGAUGCGCUUCCCUGUUCCAGGCAGCCAAUCAGCGAGCGGUAGCAGUCGAGGAUCCGAGCAGGACAUUAAGGUGCGGAUUCGGGUUCCAGAAAGGCGAAGUGGACCAGGAGAAGACGGGAAGAGUCGAGAGAAGCACCGAGAUCGCUCCAACCACCACCACCAUCAUCAUCACAAUCACCACCACCACACUUCCACCAGCAGUUCUUCGUCUUCAUCUUCCUCAUCCUCAGCUCAUAAACAUUCAAGUUCUGCCAGUGCUUCUGGAAGUAGCAAAAAGGUCUCAGGUGACUCUGUGCGAAUGACUUCGUCAUCAAGAAAAAGGACGCAAAUGCCGGAACCGUCUGCCGGUACCCACCCUUCAAAAGUCAGCAAAUCCUCCAGGAACUCUUUUCAGUUACCACCGCUUUCUACCCACUCGCUGGGUCUUCCGUCCGACAUCCUCCCCUCACUGAACCUUUCGCAUCAUCAGGGAAACUAUUCGCACUCCAAGACAGACAAGGCUGACACCAACGGCCACAACAUGGGCAGCCAGUCGAAUGAGUUUCAGGACACUUUUGACAUGUUGAACUCAUUGCUCAGUGCGCAGGGGGUGCAGCCAGCGCAACCACAAAUGUUUGACUAUCGCACUCAGUAUGGAGAGUACCGAUAUAGCAGUAGCACUCGCAGUGGAACCCAGCCCCCUCCUCUACCAUCAGAACCGCCUCCCCAAUUGCCGCCACUGCCCAAAUAAACCCCAUGCCCACUUCUGCUCACAGCAUCCAUUCUUGUACGCUGAUUAGAUCAGUCGUCUUUGGUAUCCUGGGUUCCUCUUGUGCAUCCAACUUUUAGUGAUAUUCAGUUUGACAGCAGAGUAAUGUAAGGCAAAAAUGUGUACCUACAUUUUCAGCUUGGUAAAUCAACCCCCCCCACCCCAUGUUGUUUUUCGUUUGUUUUGUUUCGUGUGAUUGUGUGUGCGCGAGUGAGUGUGUUCACGACACCCAUCUGUGGCAAUAAUGGUAAAAUAGAACAAAAUAUUGCAAAAAAAAAAAGGAUAAUAAAAUGUUAUUUAUUGAAAAAAAUGUACAUACUAUUUUUGAUGUCGCUCAGUUUUAUAUCAGCGCUACGUCUAACACAAAUACAGUACAUAAUGGAAAAAGGGUAUGUAUAACUGAACGAGAGGGACCUUUGUGUCCUCUUUAAAAAGUGUAAAUUCUAAUGCAAAAAGAUAUGGUAUUUAUUAUUAGCCUUUUUUGAAACUAUAGUUGUUAGCAGUCAUUGCUUGAAUGCUUGGGACGAUAUCUGGAUUUAUUUUUAUACUGUUGUAACCUGUUUCCCAGUCUGUAUUUACUUGAUAAGUCGUGUAUGUUUUGAGAAUGGAUCCCCAUAUUUGCAUUUAAAAUUUACAUUUCUAAUAUAUGAAUAGUCACUGAAGUAAUGUUAUAAUUUUGUUUGCUAUAUAUUUGUGGUCUGUUUUGUAACAAAUCUGCUUUGUAUUAAUUCUGUCAAUGACUGAAAAUUCACAUGAACUAUUUUUACAUUUUUCUGAAAACAAGAAUAUGCCUAACUUAGGAAGUGUGUCUGGUGGAUCUUGGAUUUUAGAUUCCGAGUUAGAUGCAGUCAUUGUUUUAAAUGGUUGUAGAGUGUCACACUCAUUUAUAUUACACUAAAACAAUAUGUCCAGAUUAUACUUGUUUCAAUUUUAUGUAUUUAUUUUUUUAAUAACAAAGUCCAGAUUGUUGCAGUUUCAAGAUAUGGACAUUCGUCAUAUUUGUCAUCGACAUUGACUUGUACAUGGUGCUUAAUGCUAGGGUAUAUUUAGUUUUUCCGCAUGCCAUUCUAUCUCGCACACAGGUGAGCUCUGCACCUUUCAAAGUAUACAUACAGACAUGCUUGACACACACAUAAAAUUACUGCUUUGUGAUACUCUUUUAGCACAGUUGAUCCGCAUACUGUCUGCAUGCAGCCUAGACGCAUGGACAGUCUGCGCGUACUUUGCUGAUGCCGAAAGUUAUGCACACUGUGCGCAAGAUGUAUCGGCAUGCGGAAAAACAAAGUAUACUUUGGCCUUUAGUUGGAGUAGAAGGCAUAUUUUAUUGGAUAUGAACAAAAACAAGGCUGUGAUGGGCUAAAGGACAGUCUGUUCAGUGCGUCGUACUGUUGUGUCGGGGUACAGGGUGUUGUUUGCUUAGUCAUCAAAACAUUGAAAAUUCGUCCAAUUAAUUUUAAUGUUUCUGAAUGACAAUAAACAACAGUACAACAUUCAAUUGAAUCUGUCAGUUUACAAUUUUCCUUUUUUAAAUAUACAUAUUUGUAUUUGUUCUACUUGUGUUUCAUGAAUGAGGCCCAUUGAACUGUACUUUUGUCAAGUCUGUAGUUUCACUGCCUCAUUUUCGUCAAAUUAAAUAUGCCAUCUACUAUUAUGUCUGCAACUGUCAUCCAUUUGUAAUAAAGACUUUGACACUUGAAGAUUGAGUGGCAAGCAUGCUGACAAUAACAUAAAAAUGCAUUCAUGUUUAAAUGUUGUAAUUGUAUUUUUUCUUUAAACAUCAGUCUCAAGGUUCUUUUGGCAGACUGAUAAGCCAUCCAAUCACAACUCUUGACAUUUUUCAUGAAUGCUACAUUGAGCAUUAAAGUUGGUGAGAACUUCGAUGUUUUGAAGCAAUCAGUCUAUACCCUAAACAAGUUUGUGUAUGUUUCCAUAUCUUGCUCGAUCAUGUCUAGCAAAUUUGAAAUUGUAUGCAGAUAAUAGCACAAUAAUGCAGAUUACAAUAUGGAUCACUAUGAUACUAUGUAAUUGUCCUCCUUGGAAUUUCAUGGCAUGCCUUUCAUUGAUAAAUCUACAAUUUUGGUAAAAAAUGGAAGCAUGGAAUUUCUACUGUUCAGAGUAAAUUUAAUAAAUGUUGCAUUAAGAUUUUAGCUGGGAUUCAUUCAUACUUGUUUUUAUUUCCUGAUGUGGACAUUGUGCCUGUGAUGAUAAAGGAACUUUUCAGUAACAGUGAAAUUAAACAAACACACUAUAAGCUAUGAAAGAUCUAAUUGUUUGUGCACAAUUUUGGCAUAUAUUCCCUAUAUAAUGCACUCCUCAUUUACCAUGCUAAUGCUUUGUCAUUUAUAGUUAGAGCUGUGUUUGCUGGUUUUUUUGGUUUGAGAAGACUGAGGAAGGCGGUGGCAUUGUGUGGGUCUAAUGCAUGUCACCACUGUAUUUUCUAUGUACCACUGUUUGAAGAAGAUAGCAUUUUAUCAAAUGUACAUACUUUUUUCUGUGUUUUAGUGGUAUCACACAGACUCUCAGGUUUUGAAUUGUCGGAAUGCUUCUUGUCAGAAGUUAAGGUUUGCAUUUUUGUGAAAUCGGUUCCUUUUUAUAUAUGUGGUUGAUACAGUCUGUAAAUUAAUGUUUUAUCAGGAACAGUUUGUGUCUUUCUUAACAAUUGCAUUGUACAUUAUUGUAAUGUGCUUCUUGCAGUAAGUUACUUUACAAGUAUACAAAGUUACCAUUUGUGCUUCCACCUGAUGUCAACACCUUCAUGGCUUGCCCUUUGAAUACAGUACUGGAAAUAAAGAGAUAC